UGAUUGGACAACUCCGACACAAUGCGCGAAAUUCAACUUCCUGUGGUUAUAAACAUCACAACAAUCAUCAGAAAAAAGCUGAUAUCUUGGAAUUUGUACAUGCAAUGGAGCACAAACCUGCCUGUUUUGGACAGGCAGAGUUUACCACAGAAGAACAUGAAGCAAUACAAGGUGCCUUAAGACAAAGACUGGGACCUGAAUUUAUCAGUCAGAGAGCUGGAGCUGGGGGUCAGAGGUUAGCUUACAUUGAAGGAUGGAGACUGGUUAAUCUUGCCAAUGAAACGUUUGGAUUUAAUGGAUGGUCCCAUUCAGUUACACACCAGUCAGUAGACUUUGUUGACCAUUUUAACAGUAAAUACUAUGUAGGAGUUUGUGCCACAGUCAAAGUCCAACUGAAAGAUGGUAUCUUCCAUGAAGAUGUAGGUUAUGGGGUCAGUGAAGGAAUGAAGUCCAAAGCUUUAUCUAUAGAAAAAGCUAGAAAAGAAGCUGUCACUGAUGGAUUAAAAAGAGCUCUCAAAAGCUUUGGUAAUUCUUUGGGAAACUGUAUGGCUGAUAAAGAUUAUUUGAAAUGUAUUAACAGAGCUCCUAAACCGCCUGCAAAAGUUUAUGAUAUAAAUGACAUGAAACAUUCAGACAUUGAUCAGACAGUGGCUAAAGCUAGGAAAGUUAGAGCUAAAGCAUUGGACACUCAAGUAAGAAAUGAAUGUAUGCCUCCUCCUUCUAUGAUAUCAGAUGCCAGACUGAGCGGGAGAGACACAUUUAAUAGAGAAAGUAUUCAAAGUACAAAUUCUAAUCCAAGUUCGAACAGUGGGGGUUCUAGUGUUCAUAGUUCUAGAGACAAUGCUUCAAAAGAAAGUGCCUACUCUUCUUGUGUAUCUAGAGAUUCUAACAAUUUCACAGGAACAACUAAAAAUCAAGACUGGUUACCUGCUGCUGUUGUGUUAAAUGCUUGUGAGACUGAUGGACAGGGACCAGUUAAUGUGCCAGAAGGUGUCACUACUAGGAGGGGAUCUUUGAAUAGUAUGCAGGCAACUAGUACUCCUUCAAAUAGUGGUAGACUUUCAUUAGGAAAACAGAGCACUGAAGACCAAACAUUAACUGGGAGACUUUCUUUAGGGAAACAGGGCUCUGAAGAUCCAGGACAAAAGAUCAAUCAUAAAAGGACACAAUCAGUACAACUAGUAGAUCCUAACUAUGGGGACGAAAACAUGAGGAAAGACCUGAAAGAUGCCAAAGGAGAAGAUGAGAAAGCAAAAUAUGAAAGAUUGAUGAGGCAGCGACAAAAACAGAUAGAAUUCCAACAAAAAUUACAACUGAAACAACAGGACCAAACAGCCAUUACUAAUCUAGGUCCACCAAUAGCAUCGUCUACUCCAGCCUUGGGACUUGGUCCACCUAUGCAUACAUCUAGUCCAAAGCCAGGAUUGAGGUCCAGAGGUUCUGCAUUAAGUGGAAGUUCCAGACCAGGUUCACUUGGAGAAAAAAGUAAUGUGAAUGGGGAGACUCCACCAGAACUUAUAGAGGAAGGAACUUUUGAAGACACAGUAUGGAACCAGUCCAUGGAUAUAGAGAAUAUUGACCCUUCACAAAAACAUGUGCAGGAGAAACAGGAAAGAAGUAGGACAUCAAUACCUAUGUCUAAAACACCUAUCAGAGAAAACACUCUUAAUAACCAUUUUCCUGUAACCAAAGGUUCUGUGGCUGUUAGGAAAGUGUCUGUUAAUGGUGGUGUGGAUACAAAUCUAUUAGUAAGGUGUUGUGUGGUAGGUACCCAGUGGGCAUCAAAGAGCAGUCGUUGUGACAAUUAUCCCAGUGCUGUAGAAAAUGUUCACCAAGAUGACCAGCGGAGUUGUCGUUCUUUGUUAGAAGUAUGUUGUAUGAAACAAAAGCAUCGUACACAGUGUGAGGAUGGUAAAAAAGAUGCAUCUGAAAACAGUUUUUGUGCCAUCAGGGAUGAUGUAUUUGGGUCAGAGCAGUACAAGGAAUGCUGUCACUGCUGCAGGGUUGGUAUUACAGCCAGGUCCAUGGGAAGUGAUUGUAACUUGUUGAGGAAUGAGGAAUUUGGGGGUCCAUGUGAUCGUGUGUAUAAAGAUUGUUGUCUCGGACCUAAUGCAGCUAACAUUACAGAAGUCAGUAAUGAUAUCAAUGAAUGUGAACUUUAUCCUAAUAAGUUAUGUAGUCACACUUGUGUGAACACGAUCGGCAGUUACAGGUGUGAAUGUCCUGAAGGUCAUAGUUUACAUCAAGAUGAAUCAACCUGUAUAAGGGAUCAAGACAGUCGUAUGAGAUGUGCCAUCUACAACCCCUGUAACCAAUUAUGUGUAGACACAGAUUCUGGAGUAACUUGUCAGUGUAAUGCUGGAUAUACACUAUCGUCAGACGGACAUACUUGUCAAGAUAGGGAUGAAUGUCGAGAAGGUCUACACAACUGUACGAGUGACACACGAUGUGUCAACUAUGAGGGAACACACAGGUGUGAACGGAUUCCACCACCACAAUGUCCAGAGGGAGCUGAACUUAAUCCUGUUACAAGACAGUGUGUCACUAAAAGGCAGUGUAAUAGAGGAUUUAAUUUUAAUGUGAUUUCCUUAGCUUGUGAAGAUAUUGAUGAGUGUGCCCAACAGAUUGAUGCCUGUACACCAGAACAGAGAUGUGAAAAUAAUGAUGGAUCCUAUUCCUGUAGGAGAAUUGUAGGCUGUGGAACAGGAUAUUCCUUGGAUGAGGAAACACAGUCCUGUAUAGAUGUGAAUGAAUGUGAGGCUGGCACACAUAAUUGUGGUAAUGGGUAUGAAUGUGUCAACAUUAAAGGAUCUUUUAGAUGUACUCCAAUUAAAUGUCCAGAUGGACACCAAUUUAAUACCAGGACAGGAAAAUGUGAGAGGGUUAACUGUCCCAGAGGAUUCAGGUCUGAUUCCAGAGGAAUGUGCAUUGAUUUGGAUGAGUGCCAGAGAUCUGGAAUAUGUGAUUCCACUGAAACUUGUGAGAAUACCUAUGGAGCAUAUAGAUGUCGUUCUAAUUAUAACUGUGAAUCAGGUUAUCAAGCUGAUACCCGGUCAGGAAACUGUGUUGAUAUUGAUGAGUGUGCAAGAGGGACCCAUGACUGCGCUUCAAGUCAGAAAUGUAUAAAUAGACGAGGAAGUUUUAUAUGUGAUUGUCCAGAAGGAUUUAGGCAAUCAGCUGAGGGUGUAUGUCAAGACGUUGAUGAAUGUGCCUAUGGAAAUGUUUGUCCUUUUAAUGCUGGUUGUACCAACACUCAAGGAAGUUAUAGAUGUGAAUGUAACCCUGGGCUGAAACAGGAGGGAAGAAUGUGUGUGGACAUUGAUGAGUGUCAAGAGCCGAACAGGUGUCAACACGGUUGUGUCAACAUGCUUGGAUCCUAUCAUUGUACAUGUGAAACUGGAUACCAGUUAUCUACUGACCAAAGAACAUGUGAAGAUAUUGAUGAAUGUCGUACCUAUGCCAACAGAGGUCAGGUUUGUGCUGGAGAAUGUGUAAAUCUACCAGGUUCUUACAGAUGUUCAUGUCCAGAGGGAUGGAGAUCUCUUUCCAAUGGAAGGACAUGUCAGGAUGUUGAUGAGUGUGCAGAAGGCACGGCUAGAUGUCAAGGUCAAGAGGCCAUGUGCUAUAACACUAGAGGAAGUUACAAAUGUCCACAAAUUCAAUGUCCAUCAGGAUUUGUUAGAACACCUUUAGGUCCAAGAAGAAAUAGCGUUCGUUGUAAAAGAGUAUCUUUCACCUGUCGACAGAAUGACUAUGAAUGUAUAAAUGCACCAAUUUCUUUGUCAUACAACUUCCUGUCAUUUCCCGAAAACGUGAAAAUUCCAAGUGACUUAUUUGCAAUGUCAGGACCGCAGACGACAGAAAAAAUAUUUGACUGGGAAUUAAAGAUUGUCAAUGUGACACCACUUAGAGCUGAUUCAGUGAAAGUUAAUCGUGGUUAUUUUGACUUGAAGGUGGGGCCUGGUGAAGCUGUUGUUGCUUUAAAUUACCGUAUUUCUGGACCUCAAGAUAUUGAACUGGAAUUAAAAAUGAAAAUAACAGACAGAAGAACAAGAUACACAGGGACGGCUGUGUCCAAAAUAUUCCUUUAUGUCACAGGAGCUAACAUUUCAUAGUCUUAAAACUUUCAUGUUCUUUCAAAAUAAACUUUUAUAGAACAAAACCAAACCAAAACUUGCAUUGUUUACCGUAAACUGUAUUUCUGUUUUAUAUUGAUUGUUCAUUAAACAAACAUUUAUCAUAAAAGUUGAUGGUCAUUUAUUUGUGCAUUAUAUAUAACACAAAAGUAAAAGAAUGAUAUUUUUGGAAAAUAAAUGAAGAUGUUUUAAUUGUAAAAUUUAAUCACACAUUGUAUAUAGCCCAAAGUAUUAAAUUCAAGAAAAAAAUCUUAAUUUUUGUAAGAAAUUUGAUAAGAGACUUUUAACAUUUAAUGCAUCAGCUGUUUUAUGAAUGCUAAAUAACUUGAGGCAUGCAUGUUUUAUUUUUUUGGAAACACACUAACAGCUUCUUUAAUUUUCCAUUUUUUUCCAAUUUUUUUUCCAUUUUUUUUGGUGUUGUACAUAUUGACCAAGAAUGUUCAGAAUGUAUAAAGAAUUUAUGGUGUAUAUAUCUUAAAAUCAUUUCAUUAGUCUAGAUAAAUAUUAUCUUGAUUGUAUUUUGUAAAAUGUGGUAGAGCCAAUACUCAAUACAUUCCAUUUGUAUAUACAAAUCCAAAAUGAUAACUCCCACCAAGAAUAGUUAAAAAAGAAUCUGGUUGAAGAAAGCCAACUUUAAUCUCAAAUGGAUUCGUCACCUUAGUACAAGUAUUUUCAAAUGAAUGCAUGUCAGAGCUAUGAAUUGAACAGUAUUUUGCUUGAACCUUUUAAAUUUGUUUGGAAGAACUUUUGGUCAGUAAUUGUUUUUUUCUUUUAACUUCAGUUUUACAAUGAAAACACAUAAGUAUACAUGUAUUAUAUUAAUUUUCAACAAGUUUAUAGCUUUGAUUUAGCAAUAUAAGUAUAACUUUGUGACAAUUUAAGCUCUACCCUGUUUUUGACUAAUUAAAGCUCUUUAAGGUUAGUGUAGAUAGAAACCUUUUAGAAGUCCCCAACCUUAUUAUUUUAUAUUUCAUCAUUGAUAUGUGUACUAAUGAUCAUUUGACAUAUUCCAAUCAGUAUAAUAAAAAAAAAUUAAACUUCAAAAUUAGCAAUUUUGUUAUCUCAUAUUAUUCAUUAUUAUUCAACUUUUGAUGCCACCCUUUUUUGCAUGUGUUCAAAAUAAAAAAUCAAUAGAAAGCAGUUUGAACAUUUGAAAUUACAGAAUAUAUCUUGUAAUGCUAUCAUUAAAAACCCUGUAUACUUUCAUCAUAUUUUUACGCUUUGUAAGGAAAGUUUUCUCGGACUAGAUGUAUCAAACUUUUUACUGGCUCCCAUUUUUUGUCUUGUUCACAACUAGCUUACUUCUGGAAAUGUUAAUAAAUGUAUAUUAGUAGACUAUAUAAACUAGUGCCAGGGGACUAUAGUGCAAUAAUUAACAGCUCAUCACGCUGCCAUUGUGAAUAUAUAAGAUGUAACUAAAUCUUAACUAAUAUAAAGCAUGUAUUGUUGUACAGUUUUGCUUUGCAAUCAAAAUUAUGCACAGAAGACCACUCUUCUUAUGUAUGUUUUCACUUUUUAUAAUAAAAAAAAUACUGCUUUCAUAAAUAUU